AUACCCCCACUUUCCUGAAUGGAAAAUUCCAGACAAUAACAAAAGGAAGGUCCUGUUUUUCCAGUGGCCAACAGCGCCAAAGAUACAGUGGGCGCCUCCCGUAUUCAUUUGUCUCUAACUCCCUUUGACAUUUCUUCCCCAAAACCCCAUAAAGUCUCCUCCUUUUUUCCCAAUCUGUUCUUCCCCAAAUCAAAAACCCUAGAUUUUCCUCAUGGAUGCUCGCUUCUUUCUCGCCCUCUCCCUCUGUUUCUUCUUCUUCCUCUUCUUCUUCCCUCACGUCUCCCAUUCCAGAGCUCGAAUCUCAGACGUGAUCCCCAAGAAGCAAACUGUGGGAUCCCUGAUCAGAAUGAAGAGAGGUCCUUCUUCUGCUACAUUCGAUCCGUCUCGCGUCUCUCAGCUCUCUUGGAGUCCCAGGGCUUUUAUUUAUAAGAAUUUUCUCUCUGAGGAGGAGUGUGAUCAUCUAAUUAAUCUGGCCAAAGAUAAGCUAGAGGUGUCCAUGGUGGCUGACAAUGACUCUGGUAAGAGUAUAAAGAGUGAAGUGCGGACGAGCUCCGGAAUGUUCCUUUCGAAAGCUCAAGAUGAAGUAGUUUCCAACAUUGAGUCCAAGAUUGCUGCAUGGACCUUCCUUCCAAUUGAGAAUGGGGAGGCAAUGCAGAUACUGCACUAUGAAAAUGGUCAAAAGUAUGAGCCACAUUUCGAUUAUUUUCAUGACAAAGCUAAUCAAGAAUUGGGUGGCCACCGUGUUGCCACUGUAUUGAUGUAUCUCUCUAAUGUUGAAAAGGGUGGGGAAACAGUCUUUCCUCAUGCGCAGGUGAAAACGGUUGAAGCCAAGGAUGAGGUCUUGUCUGAUUGUGCAAAAAAUGGCUAUUCUGUGAAACCAUUCAAGGGUGAUGCCUUGCUGUUCUUCAGUCUUCUUCCUAAUGCCACAACUGAUCCAAACAGUUUGCAUGGGAGCUGCCCUGUCAUUGAGGGUGAGAAAUGGUCCGCAACCAAGUGGAUUCAUGUGAGAUCCUUCGAAGAUUCAAUCAGGCAGGGAACUAGCGGGGAGUGCAAGGAUGCGAAUGCAAACUGCUUUACAUGGGCAAAGGCCGGUGAAUGUGAGAAGAAUCCUGUAUACAUGGUGGGUUCAGAGGAUCUUCCCGGGUUUUGUAGGAAGAGUUGCAAGGUCUGUUCAUCUUAGGGAAGUUAUGUUCCUUCCUAGUUCUUUCUAUACGGAGAGAGAUGGUUAUUUAGUUGUAUAUAACAUUGAGCUCUGCCCCAGAUGAACUUUACUAGCACAUUCAUAAUGUACUUGCACAGCUUACUAUUACAAAAAGGAACAUGUAGGUCUCAUUUUA